AUGUCUUCAAUAUUCAAGGUGAUGAUGAUCAAGUACCUUUUCGUUCUCCUUCUUCCACUCCUAUGCCACUCUUUAGCCACGCAACCACGCCGACGAUGCCGAUUUGGCGACAUUUGCUGGCCAAGCGAAUCAACCUGGCAAGACUUCAAUAAGAGUAUCGACGGCCGUCUCAUCCGAACUUUCCCUUCUGCUGCCGUCUGUCACGGACCAACCUAUGACCUUGGGGAAUGUGAUGAAGCAAAAGAGGAAUGGGAUAACAGCUUUUGGAGAACAAAUCAAACUGGUGCAUACACCGCGAUUCUGUGGGAAUUGGGCAACCAGCAAUGCUAUAUUAAUUCGUCGAGAACAGAUCCGUGCCAACCGGGUCUCGCAGUUCCCCACUACUCUGUGGCCGCCGACUCUGUCGCGGAUAUUCAAGCCGCCGUCAAAUUCGCGAAUGAAAAGGACCUAUACUUGGUCGUGAAGAAUACUGGCCAUGAUCAUCUUGGUCGCUCAAGUGGUCAAGGGUCCUUCUCCAUCUGGACGCAUAACUUGAAGGGAAGACAAUGGACUGACAAUUAUGUCGUCGAAGGCGCCCCUGAAGGUGCCCAAGGUGUUCCGGCUGUUACUCUGCAAGCUGGGGAGCAGUGGUUAGAUGUAUAUCGGGCAGCCGCUGAACAACAUGUCAUUGUCGUUGGCGGUCACGCGCGGACAGUGGGGGCGGCCGGUGGUUGGCUCACUGGAGGAGGCCACUCGGCGUGGUCAAAUCUAUACGGGUUGGGUGUUGACAACGUCCUGGAAAUUUCGUUGGUCGAUGCUCGGGGGCAACAUGUCACACUCAAUCAGUACACGGACCCGGACUACUUCUACGCUAUCAGAGGUGGAGGAGGAAGUGCAUGGGGUGUCGUGACGUCGGUCACGUAUAAAACUCAUCCCGAACCCUCUCAUAUUCAGGUUGCCUUUGUUCAGGCCAACGCGACAACAAAUUCUUCUCUUCGGCCAGUAUUGCAGAGAUCACUUGGCGCUUUGGUCAACAUGACUGAUGCCGGUUACACUGGCUAUGGAUAUCUCAGCAAUGGCUUCAAUGCCCUUUUCAUCCGACCUGGCGGCACCAACGAAGACCUCAAAAGAGGAUCUGCAGCAUUCCAAGCCAUUGGCCAGGUGGAUGGAGCCUCUGUUGGGAUACUGAACUAUACAUUCCCCAGUUGGCUUGACUACUGUGACGCAUUUCUUCAAGAUCCCAACAUUGCGCAAAAUGUCAUGGAUGCAUCUCGGCUCCUGACCCCAGAUAUGGCAUUCAAUAAGGCCGAUCAGAUUGUCGAUAUGAUGUUGGACCUGGGUGAAGAGUACUAUCCAUUUUUCAAUUUCAUUGGCAAAGUAAACUCAGCCGAACGCAAUAAUACUUCGGUCCACCCGAUCUGGCGCGAGGGUCGAGCUAUCAUGAGUUUUGGUACCGAUUGGGAAGACACAGCACCCGAAGCUGAGAAGCAUCAGAAGAGACUUCUGCUUGUUGAUAUGAGCAAGCGAUGGAGCAAAAUUGCCGGACCCAAUGAAGGAACAUAUGUCAAUGAAGCAAAUCCAUUCGAACCCAAUUGGCAGAAGGUCUUCUGGGGAUCCAACUACGAGAGAUUGAUGAAGAUCAAGAAGCAGAAGGAUCCAACGAAUUUGUUUGUCUGCAAUCGCUGUGUGGGAACAGAUGUAGUUUAUCGGCCAUAA